AAACCGUAUCUCAUUGAGUUCCAAGGCGCCGUGGAAAUUUUUUUUGUUUUAAUUUUCAUGAAUGAUUAGAUUAAUUAAUAUUAAAUGAUAAAUCUUCGAAGAUUUGUGCACACAUCGUGUCGGCUGGAACGAGGAAGAACAGCGUUCUACAACGUUCAUCAAAAAGUCACCGACCCAGCCAAGCAAGAUCCGGAUUACUUUGAGAAAAAAGCGAGAGAACUGCCACUGGAUCAAAACUACAUCGAUGCACUUACGAAGCUUUACUACGAAAAAAUUGGCAGUGAACGCGAUUUGGGUUUGAAAGCAGCUGAUAAUUUGAUUCUCGAAAAAACCGAAUUCGGAUUGCCUCGUAUUGAAAAAUCGAAAACUCGUGCGAAAUAUGAAGAUUUAGAUGUUCUUUCGAAUGCUCCAGAGUCUGUCAAAAAGAUUUUUAGUGUUGAAAUGGCGACGAGAAAAGAGUUGUCACAAGAAUGGAAACAAAGUCUUAUCAAAUCAGUAAGGCAGCAUUCUCUCGAUGAAAAUAGUUUGGAAAUGAAAAUUGCCUGGCUAACGGCUUUAAUUCGGCAUUGGUCUCUUCUUGUUAAUGACAUUGGACAGGAAACCAAAAAAAAGCCAACAUGGCUCACCCAUCGAAUCUGGCUCGUAAUCAAUGAACGCCGUAAAGCUCUUCGUAUUUUACGUGAACGUAAUGAGACUGCAUUCGAGAAAACAAUUGCCGCUCUGAAAAUUUCGUAUCAUGUACCGAAACAGCCAGCUCAUGUGAAAACUAGAAAGGCAUGGGCCGAAGCACAAUUAAAGUUGAGAGUUGAAAAUGAAAAAGAGAAGCGAUUGGAAGAAUUGCACGAAAAGUACGAUAAAGAAGUUGAAGAGCAUAAAAGAGAGACACAAGAGAAGAGGAAAGCAUUGAAUAAUGAAUUGGAUAAACUUGCUCAAGAAAUGCGCCAAAUUGACGUUAUCGAAGGAAAAUCGUUUGAAACAGUUGGAAAGUAUGAACCAGCUUUAAUCUCUUCACUUACUGAAACUGUUAUUCAUUCAAAUCUCUUCUAUCAUCCACCACCAACUAUGACUGAAAAAUAAUCUCAUUUAGAAGUUCAGAAUUUUUUUUGUUGUAGUAGGAUCUUUCUUAUUAUUGUUAUGCUAUUAUUGAAUUAAAAUUUAUUAUCCCUCC